ACAACAGGAUGCCAACAUUCUAUAAAGGAAACACCUAUGCAGCAACAUACUUCUGUUUGUUUUUUUCCUUUUCCGAUGAUGGUCUACUGGUAAGAAGUGGGGACGAUUUCACUGCUUAUAAAUCAGAAUAUUCUUGGGUCAUGUUCUGAAUGAUGAAUCGAAGUGCUUUGGUUAAAGGGUCUGCAAACUUGUACACCUGAAAAGCCAGGAGUGGUGACCUGGUGGGGGCAAAAUGUUCUUUACUGUUCGACAAAGUAUAAUCAGAAUCUAUCAUAUUACAAAGGUAUGGUCGACACUAAUUGGUAUAUAGUUGAUAUGUCCGAUUUGUUGUUGAAUUUUGGAACAAUGAUCUCUAUACCAAUGACAAAUCAACAGAAGUAGUCUUUCAUGUCUCAGACGUUGCAAAGCUGUCAUUUCUGCUUCUCCUAACAUGAAAUCAUUAUACAACUACUGUAUGUUGUGACUCCACGUUUUGUGCUUUAUAAUAUCAUGCACAUCCUUAUUAUGCUAGAGCACAAAAUGGCAUCACCAUUGAAACUAUUUACCCUGUUGCUCUUUGUUAUCUCUCUAGAAAACAGCUAGGCCUGCGUGGGUACAGAAAUGAAAGGUCAAGCAUUCAGAGUAUCACCCCUUUGCCCUAUUUGUGAUCAGUAGUAUGUUUGAUGUAACUUAUAUUCUAUUCCGUGCUAGAAGGUUUGAAGUUGUAGGCAAUCUUUCAUUUCUAGUUUUCUACUGGUCCUUGCUCAGAUUUGUCAACAAACUGGGUUCCUUCAUGCUUGUAGCAAGCAUUAAGGAUCCCAGGGUUGCCUAACAGACUAGCUAACUGGGAUGCUUAUAGUAAACAACAAAAGUCUCAUUCAUUGUCUUGGAGAGUAUAAUCUGGGAGUUUAAUGGCGGAUUGGCAGAGUAAGAAACUUUUCAAAAAUGGCUUUUAUUCAUAAAAGUUUCGCAAAGAACGCAAUUUAUCUGAUUGAACACAAGUUCACACCUUUCCAAACAUGAGAGCAAAGACAAUUCUUUUUUUUAAACAUAGUCUUGGAAUAAAUCAAUAAUCUUUUUGAGAUGAGAAAUCUGUAUUUUCUUAAUCACAAAAACAAUCAACUUAUUUUUAUUUAUUUUAUUUAUGUUAUGGUAUGCAUCACUUUCUUUCUUCGUUAAACCAUUGGUGUGCAUUGUACACUAGUUGGUGACUUGGUGCUUCAUUUAUGGGAAAGCAAUUGAUUUCAUUUAGGGACUAUAGUAGACUGCUAUUCUGUUAGUAAGCUUAAGUCAGAACCACGCUAUUGUUUGCUUGUAAUGUACUUGUCUUGUGAUGAUUGUUUCAACGGAAUGAAUUCCCUAGAUUUAGACCACAGCAUGUCACCACUUCAGGAGUUAAAACAAGUGCUUAAUAUAUACUUUCACAACGUGCAACCCUAUUAACAAAUGGUCUAGAUCAGAGUAUUGCUAUUGAUCACUGCCUCUCGACGUCUGUUACUGUUGUUCCUUUGGAUGCUUACACAGACCAUUGCCCUCUGUUUAAGGGUCUGGAUUUCUUGAUAUUUGUUUUGCUGGGACCAGGUACAUGGAACCCCAUUUAAUUUUCCUUCAGAAUCUGGGCUUUGUUUCCCCAGUCAGCUUACACAACUCCUGCUCCACGGUUUGAAUAUUGCAGGUCUGAUAGGCGAACAGAUGCUUUGCGGCAGCUUGUUGAGAUUUCCCAUGUGAGGGCCACAUAUCGUGGGUUGAUUUCAGCAUAUUUGCUUAGGACCAUAGGUUUUAUAUCCCCCAAAUUGAUAGUGCUUUAACAUGCUAGCUUCUUUUUCUCUGAACAUUUAGCAUUGUUCCGUUCUGAAACUCGCAUAUGAGACAUGGCAUGAGAUGCUCCCUGCAGAAAUGCUGUCCCUGUUUUUUGUCCAGAUUAUCUCAACCACCUGACUAAUCCCGUAUUAUUGCUGGCAACAUUAAUUGGCUUGUCUUUGACAAGUUUGGGACUUUGAUCUCUGCUUGCAUAUUGUUUAUCAGUAGAAUUUCUUUUUCCGUCGUUUGUCUGGUCCACCAUGAAACAACCAACAAUUGUUGAAGCAAACAACCAAGCUCCUAUACUUGUCUCAAGUAUAUCAGUAUUCAUUCAGUAGUCUCUCCUAAAGUCACUAAAUUCCACAUCCAACUAUUGUACUGACCCAAUUUCUUGCGUACCACCAUGAGCAAUCACCUUGUCCUUGUGGGUAUUUUUCGUUGAAAAACCUUAUGAAUAGUGGGCACAUUUAACAUGUAUAUAUCAAAAAUGUAUUUUACGUCGAAAAUCCGUAUGAACCGGAGGCACAUUUCACAUGUAGAUAUCAUCAUCAAAUAUGUAAAGCGAAAAGAGCAGAAUCUGUUUGUUUUGGGACCGUGAAAAGCACGCAAAUUUGGAAGAGAGAACCCUUGAGCAACUGGCAUGGAACCAAAACACAAGAGGGGGAAAAAAUGAGUGGGCGACAACGUUGACACGGCACCAAACGCCUCUCGCUCCGCGACGUUAACUCGUUUGUCGCGCGCCCCAGCUCGCCGGCUCGCCUCCCCUAUAUCAUCUUUGCCUCGCGCCACGCUCACUUCACUUGCAGCGUUCGCCAACAACGUGCACUGACCAAGCCACCAUCGCCACCACCACCAAGGCACUCGCCGCGCUCGCCACGCUCGCCAUGGAGGCCUCGCCGUCACGCAGCGACAGCUUCUCACACGGUUGGCUCAGGCGGAAGGCGCGGCCGGCGGCGGCGGCGGCGUCCUUCGAGCGCCUCGUCGGCGGCGAGGGCGAUGCCGUGGAUGUCGACGGCGAUCUCGGGCAUUCGUUCAACGGCUCUGUCGUGUCGUUCAUCGACAUGGACCCCGCGGAGCUCUUCUCGAUGCGGUGGACGUCGUUGACAGCGGCGGCGGAGGAGGAGGAGGACCACGACGACGACGACUUCGACUUCGGCAUGCCGUGCGUCGCCGGCGCGCAGUGCUCCUCCCCGCUGCUGGUCGGCGCCGGGCGCGCCCUCUCCGACGGCCACCACCACCACCUCCUCCUCCCGUGCGAGCCGGGCGUCGUUGUGGCCCGUGACCGCACGGCGUCGUACGCCGACGCGCCGUCGCCGAGCCCGUCGUCGCCGCUGUUCCACUCGGCGCUGAGCACGCCGGCGUCCGUGAUCACCACCGCCAGCUCGCGCCGCGCCGGCGCCGGCAGCGGCAAGGCGAGGGCGCCGCUGCUGGCGACGAGGAGAAUCCUUCUCAGGUACCUGCGGUUCCUCGUGCCGCUGUGCCGGAAGGUGAGGUCGCUCCCGCUGCGCGUGCUCUCGCCGCGGUCGGCCAAGGGUAGCCUCGCCGCCGCUUCGUCGUCGGCGUCCCCGGCGCGGCGGUCCACGUCGAGCAGCUACGCCAGCGCGGCGGAGUACUGGUGCCACGGCAAUGCCGACACCGCCGUGCGCGACGCCAUCCUCUACUGCAAGAAAUCCAUCGGACAGGAUAUGUAACUGCUAAUCACGAUCUCUCGCAAGAACAGUUCAUGUGAAUGUUGGAUGAUUAAUCAGAGAGAAAGAUGAAUACUUUGUCACCUCGAUUCCUGAUCUUUUGGGGGAUUUUGACAUGUGGUGUAUAUGCAUACAGUAAUAUUACGGUGUAUAAGUUGAUGAAUUGUGCUCCAAGGGGUUUAACCUUGUGAAGCUGUUUAAUUAGCUAAUCAAUAUGUUGUUUUAGCAUAAAUUAAUUAACUACUGUGUUAGAAGAAGAUGGUGUGUUCUUCUGUCCUCUUCUAUCAUUAUGGUUAAAAUGAUUAUUAUAUGCAUGCAUGUAUCAGGGAAGACAGGCUCCAAGCAUUAGGUUAACAAACGCCAACUUGUGGUAUUUCCAUUACUAAUUGAUGUGCAUCACCUGAUUAAUUAA